GUCACGAGUCGGGGCUUCUCCGGUCUCUCUUCCCCUUUUGCAAUUGCAUUUCUCCUCUCUCCUCCCCCGCGUCGAUCCCAUCGCCGUUUCUUCCUCCUCCGUUGCCGAGGAAUUCCUAAACCCCUCAAUGGUUCAUAGAAGCCCUUAACCUCGCCGCCUCUACCGAUUCGGGCUUCUCCAUGGAGUCCGGCUACAAAUUAUGUGGCUUCCUCCAGGCCGUCCUCUCCGCCCCAUCGCCUCUUGAAUCCUUGCGUCCCGGCACUUCCUGCUCCCUCUUCGCCGAUGGCCCAAAUGUCGGGUUCCGUACCCAGGAAGAUGGCACCCUUUUGCUUCCCCUCCCCUCUCUGACAGCUGCUGAGGCCUCCGCUGCGUCGACUCCGGAAAAGGCCAUGGCUGGAUCUCGCGGCAGGGCCGUGAUCCCAUUUUUGAAGAAAAAAAAGCGGAGGAUGUUCGGGUUGGUGAAUGGGAGCAUGAGCGUGGUUCACCAGUUGCAAGCGCUCACCGCCCGCAAGUGCUUGACGAUUGGUGCCAGGGUUGUAAGUGUUUCUGCAAAAGAGGACGGGGAGGUGAGGGCAGUAGUGCUGGUUGAUUUAUACCUGCCGAUUGCAAUUUGGACUGGCUGGCAGUUUCCCAAAUCUGGAGCCCUAGCUGCGUGCCUGUUCAAGCAUGCAAGUGAUAAUUGGGAGGCCAGAAAUUCUUUAAUUGCUUUCAGUUGUAAUGUGGGCAAUGGUUGCACUUCAAAUGAUCAGUCCAUUUGGAACUGUUAUGAUUGUGGUAUCUUGGGCUGCAAAAUGCAUUGUACUCUAUCUGAUUCUGACAAUAGUAAUCUAUUUGAUCUUCAUGAAAUUUUCAAGAGCUUACCUAGCAUUGGAAAGGAAAGGAAGACACAAUCUUGUAGGAUAAUACCUAAUGACAAAUGUGCAAGCCCAGGUAUAUGGGAUAUCACUGAUGAUGUUUUGGCAAAUGUGUUGAAUAAGCUUGGGCCAAAGGAUCUUGUAGUUGUUGCAUCCACUUGUCACCAUCUGAGAUCAUUGGCAACACCUAUCAUACCUUCUAUGAAACUAAAGCUUUUCCCUCACCAGGAGGCAGCAGUUGAAUGGAUGUUAAAACGAGAGCAAUAUGCUGUUGUUUUGCAACACCCUUUGUACAUGGAAUUUUUGACAGAGGAUGGGUUUUCUCUGUACAUGAAUUCUGUUACCGGUGAAAUAUCUUCAGGAAUAGCUCCUGCUGUAUGUGAUUUUCGCGGUGGAAUGUUUUGCGAUGAACCUGGUUUAGGGAAGACCGUAACUGCAUUAUCUCUUAUCCUUAAAACUCAUGGAACAGUUCCUGAUGCUCCUCAUGGUGUAGAAGUGGUUUGGUGCAUGCAUAAUAUGGACCAAAAAUGUGGUUAUUAUGAACUUUAUGCCAAUGGUUCUAAUUCAGCUAAUUUUCUGUCAGCGAGAACAAGAUCCGUGUCACAAAGGGAUGAGGCCCACUGUCUUCAGUCACAAGAGAAACAUGGUUCCAUUGACAACUCAAGUUGCUCACCGCGUGAUGGAAGUAGAUCUGUGGAUUUUGAAUUUUCAGUACAACGUGCAGUUUCCUCUUUCUCAAAGUUGGAUGAGUUAUCUGGUAGCUCUAGUCUAAGCCCUCAUAGAUUCACGCCUAGGAGAGCUAGGAGCUUGAGUCAAGUUAAGAGAAAUCUUUUGAACACAUAUGGAAAGGGAAUAACAUGUGACAGAAGCAAAAUUUGUACAGGAAAUGCUGUUGGCUGCAAAAGUACUUCAGAUACUGUAAAAAGAAAACUUGCUAAUGACAAAGAAUCCGUCUUUCCUGCUAUUAGCAAUUCCUACAAAAAGCCUAGGAAGGAGAUUGCUAAUUCUGAUUCUAGUGAGAUAUGGGUGCAGUGUGAUGCUUGCAGAAAGUGGCGAAAGAUAUCUGAGAGAAGUAUACUUGAUUCUACAGCAGCUUGGUUUUGCAGUAUGAACACUGAUCCUAUGCAUCGCAGUUGUAUUGCUGCAGAAGAGUCUUGGGACUCUAAAAGAAGAAUAACAUGUUUGCCUGGAUUUUAUGCAAAAGGAACGGCACAUGGGAAAGAGCAAAAUAUCUCAUUUUUCAUAAGUGUGCUAAAAGAGCAUUUCACAUUGAUUAAUUCUGAAACAAAUAAGGCUUUGAAAUGGCUGGCCAAUCUCUCACAAAGAAAGUUAGAAGAGAUGGAAAAAAAUGGUUUGACACGGCCAAUUAUAAUUGCACCCUGGGAAGAAUGUACAAGAGAGGCUCAUGGGUACCAGAAAAUAUUUCAAGCAUUUGGUCUUGUUAGAAAGCUUGAACAUGGCACAAUAAAGUGGUAUUAUCCGUUAGCACUUGAUAACUUGGCCUUUGAUUCUGCAGCACUUAGGAUUUCUCUGACUGAACCAUUCGGCCAAAAUAGGUUGUAUUUGUCUAAAGCUACUUUAAUUGUUGUCCCAGCAAAUCUAGUGGAUCACUGGAUAUCUCAAAUUCAGAAGCAUGUUUGCCCUGGUCAGCUGCGUGUCUUUGUGUGGAUUGACAACAAAAAACCUUCUCCUCACAAUCUUGCUUGGGAUUAUGACAUUGUACUAACCACCUUCAACAAGUUAAGUGCAGAAUGGGGCCCUCGCAAGAGGAGUGCCCUAAUGCAAAUUCACUGGCUUAGGAUAAUGUUAGACGAAGGACAUACACUGGGUUCAAGUCUCAGCUUGACAAACAAAUUACAGAUGGCUGUUUCUUUGACAGCAUCAAGUCGAUGGAUUUUGACUGGUACACCAACCCCAAAUACUCCUAAUAGUCAAGUAUCUCAUCUUCAACCUAUGCUCAGAUUUCUUCAUGAUGAGGUUUAUGGCCAAAAUCAGGAAUCAUGGGAGGCAGGUAUACUUAGACCCUUUGAAGUGAAGAUAGAAGAAGCAAGGUUACGUCUUCUUGAUUUACUUAAGAGGGUUAUGAUUAGUUCAAGGAAAAUAGAUAUAAAAAAUAUUCCUCCUUGCAUCAGAAAGAUAACUUUUUUAAAUUUUACUGAACAGCACGCAGCAAGCUACAAUGAAUUAGUUCUCACAGUUCGUCGAAAUAUAUUAAUGGCUGACUGGAAUGAUCCUUCUCAUAUUGAGUCACUUUUGAACCCGAAACAAUGGAAAUUUCGCAGUAGAACCAUUAGGAAUCUCAGACUAUCUUGCUGUGUUGCUGGACAUAUCAAGGUGACAAAUGCCGGUCAAGAUAUACAGGAAACAAUGGAUAUGCUGGUACAAAAAGGUCUUGAUCCUCUUUCAGAAGAAGCUGUUUUCAUAAAGAGUUCUCUUUUGAAUGGUUGUAGUUGCUACAGGUGCAAAGAGUCAUGUAGAUUACCUGUUAUCACACCAUGCCAGCAUCUGUUAUGCCUUGACUGUGUUGCACUGGACAGUUGUAGAUGCACCCUACCUGGCUGUGAUAAUGCUUAUGAAAUGCAAUCUCCAGAAACAUUAGCGCGACCAGAAAAUCCAAAUCCAAAGUGGCCUGUUCCCAAGGAUCUUAUUGAGCUACAGCCAUCGUAUAAACAGGAUAACUGGGAUCCAGAUUGGCAAUCAACAUGUAGCAGCAAAGUUGCAUACUUAGUAGAGCGGUUAAAGGUUCUACAAGAAACAAACAGGAAAAUUGGUUCCUCUGUGGAAGAAAUAGAUAAUAGCAAGAUAGAAAUUUAUUAUUCGAAGACAAACUAUAGGUUUUUAGAUCUCCAGGAAGCUUGGUCCCUGCAGAAUAGCAACUCUUGUAAGAUAUUGACUGAGAAAGUGAUUGUUUUUUCUCAAUUUCUUGAGCACAUAAAUGUUAUUGAACAGCAGUUGACAGUUGCAGGGAUUUCUUUUGCUAGAAUGUACAGUCCAAUGCAUUCCAGCAACAAGAUGAAGUCAUUGAUGACUUUUCAGCUUGACCCCAAUUGCAUGGUUUUGCUAAUGGAUGGAAGUGCAGCCUUGGGUCUAGAUUUGAGCUUCGUGACAAAUGUAUUUCUGAUGGAACCUAUAUGGGAUAGAAGCAUGGAAGAACAAGUGAUUAGUCGUGCCCAUCGCAUGGGUGCUACUCGUCCAAUUAGUGUAGAAACAUUGGCAAUGCAUGGCACCAUUGAAGAACAAAUGGUCAAAUUUUUGCAGGAUUUCAGUGCUUGUGAAAGAACACUAAAGCAAGAAGUUGGAAAAGAUGAAUAUGAAGGGACUAGAGCCCAUCGUACAGUCCAUGAUUUUGCAGAAAGCAAUUAUUUGGCCCAAUUAAGCUUUGUGCAUACAAAUGUAAAGGCAUAAAAGAGAAAUUGCAAGACCCUGUUGAGGGAAGAGGGGGAAAAGGAGGAGAGAGAAAAUAGCAAGAACAUUUAGAAGGAAAUAAUAGUAACAGUUCCCACAUAAUAUAGAUUUAAUAUAUAUGCCUAUGUGUAGACUUGAGACAAGAAAAAAACAUUGGAGACAUGGGGGUGAUAAUGAUCAUGGUAUCCCAUGCAAGAAAUAAUGUGCCCUAACCAGAUUAAAUAAAAUAAAAAUGACAAUGACCUUUGCAUCCUUUUAUUUGGCAAUUGAGAUUAAAUAUAGAAUGUGAGUCUUAUUGAUGUUCCAUGAUUUAGGGCGUGAAUUGUGAUUAUGAAAUCAUAUAAAGAAAAGUAGCAACAGGUUAAGUGGUAAUCGACUAUAUAUAUACAAACAAGAAUCAUUGAUCUUUGGAUGAUUUCAAAUUUUCAUUUGCAACUCUCAAGUUAUUCUUCCAACUGAUCUUGUAUGGCCCCUCUGAUUUCAUGUUGCUAAACAAUUCCUAGUAGUGAAAGAUGUGGAAAUAUUUACAUUAUUUAACUAAAUGCCAUUACAAAUGUGUUUUGGCCAAUAUAUUUCAACUCCACCUAAGUAG